AAAAAAAAAAAACAGCAACACAAUAUAUAUAUCGUUUUGUUGCUGAUUUGCUCUCUCUCGCUACCUGAGAACGGAAUUCCCGGGGAUAUGUGUGGUGCCGUGACUUUGAAGCGCGCGUGUUAUGCAUUUUUUUUUUUCUGUGAAACGAUCGUGAUGCAAUGUAUAUACAUGUUUCGAUAAUCAACAUUGUGGUGCGCGCACUCUCUCUCUCUCUCUUUUCCUCUUUCGCCUCUUCUUUCUUUUCGUUUAUCUGUAAAUUUUAUCACUCGUGAGAAGUGCUCUCGCAACCGAGAGCAGGACUUUUGUUUUUUUUUGUUUCUUUUCUUUCGUUGCUCGGCUUCGUUGCUCGGAUUUGUUUGCGUUUCUGUUCGUCGCGGACGCGUUAAUUUUUCGGCGAUGCGAAAUUUUUCGCCGUAGUCGAAAACGACGUGUAGUUCUCUCUCUCUCUCUCUCUUUCUCUCUGUAUACGUAGAGUAUAACGAUAUCGUACGAUAUCGCGGCCGCGCUUGUGUGCAUGUUGCAGCCGACUGUGUUGCCGCCACCAGUCCGUUUCCUUCUCGGCGCUUCUUUUCCUCAUGUUUUCUCUCUCUUUCUUCACACAUUCGUAACGAGAUUAGAUCGGGGCCAGUGCGUAUCUUCCGAUUCAGAGUUUUCUGCAAGAAGUGACAUUCUUUUUCUAGCAUUGAAACAAUUUAUUUCUUCUCUCUCGUUCGCUCUCUCUCUCUCUCGGUUCUUCCCGUGCGAAUGUGUGCGAUAUAAUGCCUUUGCGCGGUGCGAUUGAUCACGCUGCGGCGAAACUGUCGUCAUCGUAUCGUCUGAAUGGAAAGUGCACUCUCGGCGCACGAGAUACAAUUGAGCGACGAAAUGGUGGUGCUCCUCUCCGUUGCGCGCUGCACCAGCUGUGAGCGGAUUUACCGGUCUGGAACUGUUGGUUCGCUUUACGUUCCUUGACGUUGCCCAGACGAGCGACAUUCAGUGGAGACGCGAAACAAUUAAAGAAGAGACGACGAGUGUUUGCCUAAAAAGAGAAUUUUCGGAGGAGGAUGCUCGGCAGUUGGGGUUGGGAAGAAGAAUUGGAGUUAGGAGAGGGUACAGCAGCCCCGUCGUACGAAAGACAAAGAAGAGAGAGCCCAGACUCGACGCAUCCAGUUCCCGACAGUCGGGUGCUGAGGUAUGCACCCAGCCGGUGUCACCACCCUCCCAGCUACAGCUCGCCACAUUUCAGCACGCAGCCUCCUCUCGACUGUACGGACUAGCAGCGUGAGGUGGCCAAAAUGCUGACUGCUCACCCUGAGAUGCACGAGAAACGGGACAGCCUCGGCGGCGGGCAAUAUGGGGCAGGCGGGGGUGGUGGCACUUCGAUUGAAGAGAAAUCUAUUCAGGAACAACCACCCCCGCCUCCCGCACCGCCGCAACGAGACCCAUCGGAUCCCACCAUCAGUGCUAAAAAGCUUCCAAAGAAACGUAAAUUCGAUCCAUCCGAACUUGAAGAGAUGGACAAGAUCAGCAACGUCACCAGCAACAUAAAUAAUAUGGUUAAUAUACGUACGCCGGGUAUGCUGCUUGGCGUUCAGCCGGGUUUGGUUCAGCAAACGAACUUACCAACUACAACUAGCCGGCAAUCACCGCAACAACAAGAGUCUGAUUGUUAUCAAGUAUCCUCAGCUCAUUCUUCGGUAGUAGUGUUACCUCCUCAAAGCACAGCUGUGGAUUACUCUCUUCGCGAGGAACCCUCACGUUCUCGUCCUCGUCUUGCUAUUGAUCUCAGUGAGUGGCGCGACCAUAGAGUGUUAGCUUUAAGGGAUUCAUAUUAUUAUCCGGGUGUUAUACGUAACGUUGUUCACGGUGAGAUUUUCAUUGAGUUCGACGGUGAGAAGAAGCUAGUGCGUUACAGUGACAUUUUGGGCGCGAGAAGAUACGACGUGAUAAGCGAUGCAAGCCCGUCUCUGGGACAGGUGACUUUGGAUACGAAGGUUUGCAUCAAGUGCCCGAUCACGGUGUCUGACGGUCACGUGGACACGGCGAAGGUGUUUGUUAAGGGGACAGUGUGCAAAAUAAUAACAACGAAGCCUUAUCGUUUUGUUGUGAAAAUACCGCGGGAAGAUAGUGAUCAGGUUGAGAGUAUUGUUGUGAACCGUGCGGACUUGCGGCUAGUGCAGCCUCCUUGGGCGGACGAAUUGGAGGAGGGACUAGAGGACUGUGAUCCUUCGAGGAUCGAAACCAUUGAACACGGGUAUCGAAAUACCACAGAAGCUCCGACAGCAGUGCCAAUUUUGCAAAUCCAUCAUACUCCUCAUCACACAUCGCAUAUAUCGACUCACAAUGACACAAGUUAUUAUAGAACAACCGGUACCAGUCCUCUCUUGAAUCUAGGCACUCCUGCACAUUCUGCUACGGCAUUAAGUAAUGGCAGCCGGCCUUACGACGACUUAGAAAGCGAGGAUGAUUUAGACAGGGAGGAUAUUACAUUUCCCUCGGACGCAGAUGCAAAAUUGUCAGGAAGCAGCAAAAGAAGCAGCAUGCAAAGCCGGGGAAGUACUAGUAGCCUAGUUGAACAACGUAGUAUAACGCCUCGUUCUCAGGCAGCCACACCCAGAUCUCAGGCAGCAACGCCACAUAGGUAUAAAAAGGGUGAUGUAGUGGUUACACCUACUGGAAUUAGAAAAAAAUUCAAUGGAAAACAAUGGCGCAGGCUUUGUAGUAAAAAUGAAUGUAAUAAAGAGAGUCAAAGACGAGGAUACUGUUCUCGUCAUCUUAGUUUAAAAGGAUCUAAUCUUAGAGGCCCAACAAACACGUUUCCUGGCAGUAAAAUGGACGGCGAAGAAACAUCAAGAGACUCUGAUACCUCGCCGAAUUACGGUGAUAGAAGAAUAGCCGGUAGAUUUGAUCAAGAUGAAACUGAAGCUGCUAAUAUGCUUGUAUCUUUAGGGAGUUCUAGAUCAGCUACGCCAGCUUUUUCAUCACCGACGGGCCAGUCUUCUAUAUCCCCAUGCAUCAAUCAAGUAUCACCGGUACCGCCACUGGGUCUUAAUCAGAACGUAUUCAUGCCCAUCUCAAGUCCCGCGACUCCUCAUCACGCGACUCCCCUGAUUUCGCCUGGAGCAAAAUGGAAACACUCGCCUACGCAAUCAAACUUUCUGGUUCAGUAUCCCCAGCAAGUGAUAAAACCGGAGCCGAAUCGAGUUGUGAGAUCAAAUCGACCGACUCUGACGGCACCUGUUCCUGCUAGUAUAGGAACAAGCGUGAUAAGAAUCUCCCCGGUGGGUCGUAGCAUACAGCCUGGCCAGAAUGUAACGCUUUCGUGGUCAGAACAGAGUCCGCCACCAACGAGACAUCCCUCGGUUGUGACAUCAAUUGCCCAGCAGCAGCAGAGCAUAAUCCUGCAGCAGGCGCUAACAUCGAGCAACGACUUCGUCAAUCACUCAGAGAUACCUGAGCAAAGUUCCCAGUUGAUAAAACCACCGCACUCUCCCCAUACCCAUAUACCGCUAUCUUCCGCUCCGCAAAACCUCACGCUUGUACAUAAAUCACUGGAACAACCGGUCGACUACGCUCAGCCGCCAUCUCAAGGCCAGCCCGUCUAUGUGAUACCAGAAAAAAAGUACCUUGUGAUAAAGGACAGCAUGGAUGUGUCGGUGGGUCCGCACGUGAGCAAUCAAGACGACAAGUAUCGACCGGGUCUGAUAAACCAAUUGGGCCAGCUGCCGACAUCCACGUUGCAUCAGAUUCAACCCUGUCAACAGCCAUCUCAUUCACCUGCGGUUUCAUCCGUCCAUAUCGACAAAUUAUCCGUUCUGCAGCCUGUGAAUAAAAUGGGCACACAUACUGUGCAUAUGGAUAUGCAGAGAAAUCAGCCACCACCCACGAGUGUUUCAAUGACUUCUACUACAGAGACAUCCAAUUCAUCUACUCCUACAAGCGUCUUCCAGCACGUAAUUGUUCAGCCAGGACAUUUGGUGCAAAUUCCAAAAACCCAGCCUGCUAGGGAAGAGCCUGCAAAAAACAAUGGCAUCCUUUAUGGCAGCCAAGAAGUUCCUCCUGCAUACCAGCCCCAUCCCCCAUUAUUGAACAAUGCAGUACGCAGCUGGAAAAAACAAGCUUUUUCCUGGCAGACAACGACAGUUCUGGAGCAACCAGAGGUGAGUCCUCCUCCUUCCGCUCUGAGUCCACCUCUGAGCGCGCCUCCAAUUCCGACAAGUAUGAGUAUUCCUGCUGAGGACGGCCCUGGUACUACCGCUUCAGAGCCCAUAACACCCGCUGAAGAAGAGGACGAUGAUGUUUUUGAAGCAGAACCGACUCCACCCGCAGAAGUGGAAGCUAACGCUAAUAAAAGACGCAGUCAAUCACUCAGUGCUCUGCAGCCACAAACUCCGCUAAAAGCUAAAGACAGAAUACGACGGCCCAUGAACGCAUUUAUGAUAUUCUCGAAACGACAUCGUUCUGUUGUGCAUCAACGUCAUCCGAAUCAAGAUAAUCGUACAGUAUCAAAGAUAUUGGGAGAGUGGUGGUACGCGUUAGGACCAGAAGAGAAACAAAAGUAUCACGAGCUUGCCUCCGAAGUGAAGGAAGCGCAUUUUAAGGCGCAUCCGGACUGGAAGUGGUGCAAUAAGGAUAGACGGAAAUCGUCAACGACGAGCUUCAAGGGAAGCGAAACUAGAACGAAACUUAACAGUACGGGGGAGGAAACAGACGCUUUGCAGGGUUCCGCUUCGGACGAUCCAUUACCGCCACUCGUACCCGCCGACGAAGUAUCUACUCCGAUCACUAUGUGUAACGAAACUCCUGCUAACAUUGAGAUCAUGAAUCAAUCGCAUACGCAACAUCGAGUUUCGGAUAUUCCUUUGCCGACUGAAAAUGCGGAAGUCGAUGUCAAACAGGACGACGAUGCGAACGGAUCGGACGACGAUCAGAUGGUUAUUUGCGAAGAUCCUCAACCGGAAAUCGAUUUGAAGUGCAAAGACAAAAUGACGGACAGCGAUAACGACGUACAAGACGAGGACGCGGAAAAGAAGCGCUAUCAGUCGCAAUUCUCGCCUGUGAGCGGACAGAAGAGGGAAGUGAUCAAUGUUAAACAGGAAAUAACCUGCAGGCCUAAACCGAUAAAAGCACGGAUACCCUCAACAGGUAUAGAAUCUACAACAAAAUAUCACCAUACUUCCAUGGAUAAAGGCAGUACUGUAUCAGUUUUGUCGAGUACAUAUCCUUAUCACAGUCCUGUCAAUCCAACAGGAGUGUCAGGAUUUCAACCGACUGGCGGCGCUUUCAUAACUAUGCCGAUAUCGCCGAAAGUUAUUAAACCGGAACCGGUGAAGAGCGAGCAACAGUACAGCACCCAGUACAGCGUGAACAAUCUCGUAAGCAUUCACACCGAAAACGGACGGAACAUGCCUAAGUUCACAGCGGCUCCGAUAUUACACACUAUUGGAUCGAAACCUAUGAUGGCGCUGUUAAAACAACAGCAGCCGUUGCAGUCUUUAGGCACUACUCUUCGUCCCCUUACUUCAACUGUCCCUUAUCAACCACCGCUCACUCUAACAUUGCUCGAUAACGAUUUGGUGGCUGUUUCCAAAUCGCAGCAGGGAUCGCAGUACCUUAAUCCAACACCGUCACAUCCCAGGAUAUACGGCGGGUUCCAGAUACCAAUUACCGAUGCUGGUAGUCGUAACAAUUCUAUAUCUGUACAAAGUAUGGUUUCGAAUAACAAGAUGGAAAUUCAGAGCGUGAUUGUGAGCAAACCUUAUCCCGUCUCGACGAAUUCUACCACAUCGACUUAUCGUGGCAUCGGUCAUUCCAUUGCUCGUCUCGCGGAAUCCGAGAACAAUGACAAUCAACUAGUCGCGAAUCAUGCUCAGUUUUAUGCCAGUAAUAUAAAAGCAGAAGACAGAAAGGAGACUUUGAACAUUGCUAUUCCGGCAACAAAUGAAAAGCAUAAACAGCCGUCGACUCCUCAUACACCGCACACACCUCAAAGUAAUCAAGGGAGCGGCGAUCUGCCGUCGAGCAAAUCAUACACGUUCGAUGAAGCUCAGAAUAACGACAUAGGACCAAGUAAAGGUCCCUUCAUGCUCGCUCCGACACCGGCACAACUUGGUCGAGCACCAUUACAAAGGAGACAAUCUAUGGCAAUGCCUCCCGCAUCGACUGCAGGAGACCAUGGGCCAAUGGCAACAUCUCAGCAUUGUGAUAAUCGAUCACAAAUCAAUACAUCUCAAGUGACAGAGCAGACACAACAACAGAAUCUGGCAGAAUCUCACACUUCUCCUUCUCCUUCUACUAAAAAGGGUUCCUUCUUUAAGAAAAAUGUUGAAGAUGGCAUGGACAGAGUUCUUGAGCAAGUAAAUUUUCAAGAAAAAUUCUCCUCACUGCCGGAAUUCAAACCGGAGGAUAUACAAAGUCCGAGCGCGAUAAGUAUAAAUACUCCGGGUUCGUCUAGCCACAGCAGUGUAGCUUCCGGAUUACAUUCGCAAACUUCUAUGCAAAUGCCAGGUUAUCGAAAAAAAUCUGCACAAGGACCUCAUAGGCCCACAAUGAAUGAGGAUGAGAUUGACUCGGACACAUCGAUAUCAGCCACGCCAAAGUCAACUUCGAGCGUUAAGUUAACAGGGAAUACAUUCUUUGGUCCGGAUUUCAAUGUCGACGCUUACAGAGCUAACAACGAUCUAUUAGAUGUCGACGCGUCUUCCCCAACACCGAAGACUCCCGGAAGUGCUGUCGGGAAUACGCCAGUUGGAGUCGGAAGAAGCGAUAACGAACGUGGCCAUAGGAAAGUGUUGGAGCAACGAAGACACCUGGUCAUGCAGUUAUUUCAGGAACAGGGUUAUUUUCCAUCCACACAAGCCACUUCCGCAUUUCAAGCUAAACAUUCGGAUGUAUUUCCGACGAAAACGAGUUUGCAAUUGAAGAUUCGAGAAGUCAGGCAGAAAUUGAAAGCCAACUCGACGCCAAUGACACCGAGCGCUAACAAUCUCGUUAGCCCAUUGCCAGUCUCCGAAUCUUCACCUGUUGUAUCUGGUCCAUUAACUGCUCCUCCAACAUCGAUGGGAGCUCCACAUUCACUGCCUGUAAGCAGUAGUGGUAGCUAGCACCCACGUGCCAACUGUGAUACUGUGCAUCCCCUUACUCCGCAACACGAGUACAUCAUUAUUCUCUGAAAAGCGAAGUGUUUACUAGAGAAGUGGUUAGUUCAUACUCUCUUCAAGGAAAACCUUGCGAAGUAUCGUGAAAGGCUUCUUAGUGCAAUUUUAAAUUUUGAUGAAACCUGGUGCGGGUAGUUUAACGAGCAUAUUAAUGUUGAUACAUGAAUAUCAAUGAUUGUCAACUAAAAUAUCGUUACCAAAAUAUCGAAAUUCACAAAUUGAGAUAUUAAAUUGUCUUCAAGAAUGAUGUGACUAUACAAAUGAUGAUCGAAUAUUGGCACUCGAAUACAAUCAGAUAACAAAUCGAACAAAUAUAUUCGUAUAUUUUUAAAUUUACGAAGUUCUAUAUUAGGAAUCUAUAUUUUCUUGCAAUAUUAUCACAAUUGUAUUGAUAUUUGUGCAUCAACGCGUUCUGUAUGAUCCAUGAAAGGCCUAAGCCAAUUGUUAAUACUGUUGAUAUGUGAAGUAAAUUCAUCGAAUGAAAAAGAGAGAAGCAGAAGUAAGAAAGUGAGAAAGAGGACAAGAUAAUUGUAAUUGGAAACAUUUAUAGAGCAUAGAAUUAUAAUGGAACACUAUAUAAAAUGAAAUCAGAGAGUUUAUAUAUCUUAGUUAUACUUUAUAUAUGUAUCAUAUAGAUUGAGGAAGAAACUAUAAAACGAGAACUGCGAUAAACUGCACAAAAUUUAUGUAAUAUGUUCAUCACAGAGAUGAUUUAUUUCACUUUGUAAAUAUUACGCGCGCAUGAAACGUUUAUAGGUACGGCAGAUAUAUAUAUAUAUCCGAUGGAUUGAGAUAUCUGCGAAUCUAUUUCUCUGCAGAACAUUUGUAAGAGCACUACACACAUUCUCGAUUUAUAAAGUAAUAAUAUCGAAGAUAUAUGAAAACUCGUGCCAUUGUGCGGUGACAAAAUAACGGAAACAAACCAUAUGCGCUAUAAUUUCCUUAUUAGCGAAAGAGAGAGAGAGAGAGAGAGAGAAAGAAAGAAAGAAAGAAAGAGAGUACUUGUUAGAUUUCUCUUGAUAUAGAUAAUAUGUAAUAUGUUUCGCAUACAUUAUUGAAAGUACUUAUUCUGCUGUUUUUCAGAGCUUUGCUAAGAUUCAAUACGUUAAUUCAUAUUUUAAUGUUUAUUUAAGUGUUUUAAAAAAAAUGGUCUUUUUUUCUUUUUUUUUUCAUUUUUUUUCUUUUUUUUUUUUUUACAUAUUCUCUUUUGUUAUUUUUUUUUCUUGGCCUUAGGUUUAAGCGCUUUUAUGCAGGCUGAAGUUUGUGCGUGGGUAUGUGCGUGUGUGUGUGGUUUUUUUUUCCUGUGACAAUUACACAUUUUUACUAGUAAUCAUUAUUUGCAUGUAUUAAAGUACUUAACGUGCAUUCUACAAAGAAGUAAGAACGGAAUCUGCUUAUUGAGAUUCGUCGACGCCAGUUUUUAAUAUGGCAGUUAUCAGUUGUAUCGUUAACAAUAGCGAUACACUACAAAUUAAAAUCAUGUAACAUUUUUAUCCAACAAGUGUUUGCGGAGAUAUAUGAUAAAUUUUUUUGUAUAUUAUAUAUACAAAAAAAAAACUAUAUAUAUAUAUAUAUAUAUAAAUCUAUAUAUAUGUAUAUGAAGAAGGAUCAGUGUCGUUAUAUAUCAUAUAUAUUUUAAUAAGUUUAUUCUUUAUUACUGAAAUGAUACACAGUGUAUCUGUUUUAACAUCUGUUUUUUUUACUGAUCCAACGUUUUCUUCUUUUUUUAUAUUAUUAAGGCUCUCGGAAUUAUCGCAUCGAGUUUUAGCAAAGAUUGUUGAAUUUGGCUGUAAAGUAGAGUAGUAAUAUGUUUAUAUAAAAAAAAAGCGCACCUUGACAUUGAAGUCUCGCGCCACGGCACGGAAUAUAUAUAUACAUACAUAUAUAUAUAUAU